UGCUGCGCUUAAUAUGUUGUUCAGUUUACCAUCGCCUUUUCUUGGGCAUACAUUUAGAGCAACAAGAGAAAUCAUUCAGAAAACUUCGAAAUUCUGUUUUGAAGAUGAAAAAUUAUAAUAUUUUGGGUGUUUUUUUUCUCCUGAGUUCCCUGAAGGCGUCAGCAAUAAUGGAUUACAAGUCAGUCCUCACAAACGAACAAACAAUACCAUCUUCUCCCAGUCAGUCGGAUAAUCCCAUCAAUGAGACCUAUGACGAUGAUCAUAAUUUGGAAGCAGAAGAAAGGUCAGGAAAGCAGAUUGUUUUUGAUCUGAAAAUACUGUUUCCAAAUCAAUCUCCAAUAUAUCAAGCAGAGAAAAGUGUUCAAACUCCUCAAGACCAAAUACUCUUAGAUCAGCUUGAAGAGAAGUUUAAAAUAGUUGAAAAUUGUUCAACAGUUUUCACGCAGAAAUGUCAAAUUACAUUCCAACCAAUGACAGCAGAUGAAAAUAUUGAGAUCUGUACAGAGCCCCUAAAGAAGGUUUGCAAUGACACAAUUGUUGGAGAUGAGGUUUGUUGGACCGAUUAUGAAAUCUCUUGUGAAACUAGGGUUAAGAACCAAACAGUAGAGCAGUAUGAACCUCUCUGUAAAAUGGUGUUAAAGGAGAAGUGUUAUACAGAACCAACUGAUAAAACAGAAAACCGAGAACUAUUAAAACCAAGAAAUGAAAGCUGCCAUCGGUCAGUUCAGGAGUGUAUCAUUGAAAAGAAAGCUGUGAUCAAAUUCAAACCUGAAACUGUAUGCCAAAGGUUUCCAAAAGAAGUUUGUGCCACAUCUAACUGUGCAUUUGUCCAGGGGGAAAGGAAGUGUCAUUACGAAUCAAGAAGUUAUGUUCAGAAUAUUCCAAGUGAGAUCUGUGAGUUAGAGCCUACAAAAACAUGCAGACUUGAGAAAGUUCUAGUUCCACGCUUAAAAGAGGAACCAAACCUUGAUCGUAUCCAGGUUCCAAACUAUGUUCAGAAUCCAAACUAUGUUCAGGUUCCAAACCAUAUCCAGGUUCCAAACCGUAUCCAGGUUCCAAACUUUGUUCAGGUUCCAAACCAUAUCCAGGUUCCAAACAAUAUACAGGUUCCAAACCAUAUCUAGGUUCCAACCCAUAUCCAGGUUCCAAACCAUAUCCAGGUUCCAAACUGUAAUCAUGUUCUAUACCAUAUCCAGGUUCCGAACCAUGUUCAGAUUCCAAAACAUGUGCAGGUUCCAAACCAUGUUCAGGUUCCAAACCAUGUUCAGAUUCCAAACCGUGUGCAUUGUGCAGGUUCUAAACCAUGUUCAGGUUCCAAACCAUGUCCAGGUUCCACACCAUGUUCACUGUUCAGGUUCCAGGAUCCAUGUUAACAGGCUGCAAGACGGUCAAAUAGUAUAUAACGGUCAAAGAUUAUAGUCUAAACAAUUCAAGAUUCAGCUUGGCGUUAACAUUAGACAGAUAAGAGUAAAACAUAUAUAAUUUUUCGGUUCUAUUGCUGUUACAAAUUUUUUCGGCAGUUAGAUUUAAAAAUCAAGAAUAUUUUCUGUAUCUAAAUAUAUAUUUGUAGUGUAAGUUUGUAAUUUUUGUACUUUUAUAUUUACAUUUUCAUGCAGAAUUAUCAAAUCGGAGCAAUCAAAAAUAAAUAACAUGUAAUGAUAAAAUUUUUAGAUCAUAAAUUUGUAAAAGUUUUUUGUUUUUAUUUUUGUCAUCGUAAUGAAAAGUUUAAAAUGACCAUUUUCACUUUUAUCAAUUCCAACAAACUUUAAAUAAAGCAGCAAUAUUGAUCAUUCUUUUACGAUGUUUAAUGUUCUGCUUAGCAGAAUAAAUUGAAAAAGUUUUCUUGGAUUAAUUUGUAUCUGUCAGAACAAAUGGUGAAUACAACGCUUAUUUUUAACGGUUGGAGAUUAUGAUAUUAUAAACUUAUUCUUUAAUGGGGUUCUUAAAGGGAUUGUUCAUUUACAGAGAAGCAUGCAAUAUUUACAAAAGGUUCCCUUGAAACCUUUAUCUGAUUAAAUAUAUCGGAGAUAUCAUAAUGGCUAAAUUUGAGCUUAGAAUUUAGAUGACACCAUUAGUCAGCUUUUCUGAUUUUUCUAUGGUGAUGAUUUUUUUCUCUCUCAUCUAUUUAGUAUAAAGUUUGCAAGUAUGGUAUUCAUGAAAUGAUACAAAACUGUUUAUAAAAAUAGCAAAAAUGCAUUAAAAAUAGCAAAAAAAAUUAAUUUAACAAAAAAAUCUAAAUUAAUUCUUUGAAGAGUAAAAUGUAGAAACUUCAAAAUUUUGAGGUUGUGUGAAGAUUUCUCCCCACUCCAAAAAGGAAGAGGAAAGUUACAUAUUAAGUGUUCAUAUUUUAAAAUAUGUACGGGCGAUACAAUACAAACUGGGACCGGAAAGGUUGACCCGGCUCGGAAAUUCAAAUGUACUAUGACUGCCUGUGAUAAUGUUUGGUUGAUCGAAAUAACAGUAAAAGCUCUAUUCCAAAUUUUGCAAACUAUAAAAUAUAUUCACAAAAUAUAUGAUUAAAUGUAAAAAUAUAAUAUAUGAUUGUUGUUCCACCAAAACCCGUUAACUCUUUCACGGUUGGGGGUCGGGGUGUUUUCCAUUCACCUCUCCUGUGGUUUUGUAUCCAUAUCUCAAAGACAGCUUACACUGGACUCUAAAUUUUUUUAUUAGUUGAACUACAGAUAUAAAGUUAU